AUGGCUGAGCAGCUGAUUCUCAAGGGCACCCUCGAGGGCCACAACGGCUGGGUCACCAGCUUGGCUACCUCCAUGGAGAACCCCAACAUGCUUCUGUCCGCCAGCCGCGACAAGACCCUGAUCAUCUGGAACCUGACCCGCGACGAGACCCAGUACGGUUACCCGAAGCGAUCGCUCCACGGUCACUCUCACAUCGUCUCCGACUGUGUCAUCUCGUCCGACGGCGCUUACGCUCUUUCGGCCUCGUGGGACAAGACUCUCCGCCUCUGGGAGCUUGCCACCGGUACCACCACCCGCCGCUUCGUCGGCCACACCAACGACGUCCUCUCCGUCUCCUUCUCCGCCGACAACCGCCAGAUUGUCUCUGGCUCCCGCGACCGGACGAUCAAGCUGUGGAACACUCUCGGCGACUGCAAGUACACUAUUAGCGAUAAGGGCCACACCGAGUGGGUUUCCUGCGUCCGCUUCUCGCCCAACCCCCAGAACCCCGUCAUUGUCUCCUCCGGCUGGGACAAGCUCGUCAAGGUUUGGGAGCUGUCGACCUGCAAGCUGCAGACCGACCACAUCGGCCACACCGGCUACAUCAACACCGUCACCAUCUCCCCCGAUGGAUCCCUCUGCGCCUCCGGCGGCAAGGACGGUACCACCAUGCUCUGGGAUCUCAACGAGUCCAAGCACCUCUACUCCCUGAACGCCAACGACGAGAUCCACGCCCUCGUCUUCUCCCCCAACCGGUACUGGCUGUGCGCUGCCACCGCCUCCUCCAUCAUCAUCUUCGACCUCGAGAAGAAGAGCAAGGUCGACGAGCUGAAGCCCGAGUUCCCUGCUGUCGGCAAGAAGAGCCGCGAGCCCGAGUGUGUCUCCCUGGCCUGGUCCGCUGACGGCCAGACCCUGUUCGCCGGCUACACCGACAACAUCAUCCGUGCCUGGGGUGUCAUGUCCAGGGCAUAG